AUGCUUGCUAUAUUAGAAGCUGUUAAACAAAACGGCAUAAUCAAUCAUAGUUACAGAUAUUGUGGUUCAAUAUGCACGGAUGGAUGGAUAGACAGACCAUCACAUUAUAAGUGCAGUGACCGGUCAGGUGCAGUGACCGGUGCAGGUGCAGUGACCGGUGCAGGUGCAGUGACCGGUGCAGGUGCAGUGACCGGUGCAGGUGCAGUGACCGGUGCAGGUGCAGUGACCGGUGCAGGUGCAGUCACCGGUGCAGGUGCAGUCACCGGUGCAGGUGCAGUCACCGGUGCAGGUGCAGUCACCGGUGCAGGUGCAGUGACCGGUGCAGGUGCAGUGACCGGUGCAGGUGCAGGUGCAGUGACCGGUGCAGGUGCAGGUGCAGGUGCAGUGACCGGUACAGGUGCAGUAACCGGUACAGGUGCAGUGACCGGUACAGGUGCAGUGACCGGUACAGGUGCAGUGACCGGUACAGGUGCAGUGACCGGUACAGGUGCAGUGACCGGUACAGGUGCAGUGACCGGUACAUGUGCAGUGACCGGUACACGUGCAGUGACCGGUACACGUGCAGUGACCGGUACAUGUGCAGUAACCGGUACAGUGACCAGUACAGUAGCAGUGACCGGUACAGGUGCAGUCACCGGUACAGGUGCAGUCACCGGUACAGGUGCAGUCACCGGUACAGGUGCAGUCACCGGUACAGGUGCAGUCACCGGUACAGGUGCAGUGACAGAUGCAGUGACCAGUACAGGUACAGGUACAGUGACAGGUACAGAUGCAGUGACAGGUACAGAUGCAGUGACAGGUACAGAUGCAGUGACCAGUACAGAUGCAGUGACCAGUACAGGUACAGUGACAGGUACAGGUGCAGUGGCCGGUACAGGUGCAGUGGCCGGUACAGGUGCAGUGGCCGGUACAGGUGCAGUGGCCGGUACAGGUGCAGUGGCCGGUACAGGUGCAGUGGCCGGUACAGGUGCAGUGGCCGGUACAGGUGCAGUGGCCGGUACAGGUGCAGUGGCCGGUACAGGUGCAGUGGCCGGUACAGGUGCAGUGGCCGGUACACGUGCAGUGGCCGUGACCGGUACAGGUGCAGUGACCGGUACAGGUGCAGUGACCGGUACACGUGCAGUGACAGGUGCAGUGACCGGUACAGGUGCAGUGACCGGUACAUGUACAGUGACCGGUACACGUGCAGUGACCGGUACACGUGCAGUGACCGGUACACGUGCAGUGACCGGUACAGGUGCAGUGACCGGUACAGGUGCAGUGACCGGUACAGGUGCAGUGACCGUAACAGGUGCAGUGACCGGUACAGGUGCAGUGACCGUAACAGGUGCAGUGACCGUAACAGGUGCAGUGACAGGUGCAGUGACCGGUACAUGUACAGUGACCGGUACACGUGCAGUGACCGGUACAUGUGCAGUAACCGGUACAGUGACCAGUACAGGUGCAGUGACCGGUACAGGUGCAGUCACCGGUACAGGUGCAGGUGCAGUCACCGGUACAGGUGCAGGUGCAGUCACCGGUACAGGUACAGUGACAGGUACAGAUACAGUGACAGGUACAGAUGCAGUGACAGGUACAGAUGCAGUGACCAGUACAGAUGCAGUGACCAGUACAGGUACAGUGACAGGUACAGGUGCAGUGACCGGUACAGGUGCAGUGGCCGGUACAGGUGCAGUGGCCGGUACAGGUGCAGUGGCCGGUACAGGUGCAGUGGCCGGUACAGGUGCAGUGGCCGGUACAGGUGCAGUGGCCGGUACAGGUGCAGUGACCGGUACACGUGCAGUGACCGGUACACAUGCAGUGACCAGAAUAGUUGUGGUGACCAGUAGCAGUGACCGGACUGCAGACACUGACAAGACAAGACAAUCCAGGACUACAGACACAGACAAGACAAUCCAGGACUGCAGGCACUGGCAAGACAACCCAGGACUGCAGACACUGACAAGACAGUCCAAGACUGCAAACACAGACAAGACAAUCCAGGACUGCAGGCACUGGCAAGACAAUCCAGGACUGCAGGCACAGACAAGACAAUCCAGAACUGCAGGCACUGACAAGACAGUCCAAGACUACAGACACAGACAAGACAAUCUAGGACUGCAGGCACUGGCAAGACAAUUAAGGACUGCAGACACUGACAGGACAACCCAGGACUGCAAACACUUGCAAGACAACCCAGGACUGCAGACACUGACAAGACAGUCCAAGACUGCAAACACAGACAAGACAAUCUAG